UGUUGUGCAAUUUGUAGUCAUUUCGUUGCAUCUUAUCGGUUAUCCACCAGAGAAAGUGUGUUUCUAUCGAAAUUGAUAUGAUUCGUUCAGCAAUAAUGCGCCAUUUGUCUUUCGUGAUGCAUUCUCGAAAUAACGCAUCCAAUAGCAAAACAUUUUGUUCAAGUGUAAAAGUUUGCUGGAGCUGCGCAAAACCAUUGGUGAAGGAAAAUAAUUUUUUCUGUGCUUCUUGUGGAUCGCUCCAACAGAUUGAGGAUGUGGAUUACUUCAAACUACUAGAUGUAUCCAGUGAAUUCAACCUGGACUUGACAAAGUUGACAUCGAACUUUCGACGGUUACAAAGCGUGCUUCAUCCCGACAAGUUCAGCCAAAUGUCAAGCGUGGAGAAAAAUAACUCUCUUGAGUGGAGCUCCCUAGUAAACAAGGCCUACAAAACACUAAACACGCCUUUGCAACGAGGCAGAUAUAUACUCAAGCAAAAUGGAAUUCAAAUAGCAGAAGAAAACACUUCUGUUGAUUCUGAGUUUCUCAUGGACAUGAUGGAUAGGAACGAGGCGGUGGUAGAGGCUUCAAAUUAUGAAGAUUUAGACGAAAUCGCCCAAACCCUGAAGGUUGAUAUCGAUGAGCUAUACAAGAAAUUGAACGAAAGUUUUCUGGAGAAAAAUUUGGAAGAAGCCAAGGAAAAUUUGAUUCGAUUGAAGUAUCUGUUGAAUAUUGAAAAUGUUGUUAAGGAAAAGUUGUUAAAAUAUAGCUUAAAGUAGUGUCCA